AUGGCGGUAACUUCAACAUCACUCGCUUCUCAACUCUCCAUUGGCCUCCGCCGCCAACCUUCCCCCAAGUUCGAUUCCCUUACUUCCCAAUCUCUCUCUUUCUUCGAUCCCAAUAUUCGCCUUUCCGUUUCUUCCCCCAAACCCUCCCGUUCCGUUAUCGCCAUGGCUGGUUCCGGAAAGUUCUUUGUUGGUGGCAAUUGGAAGUGUAAUGGAACCAAAGACUCCAUCAGUAAGCUUAUAGCUGACUUGAACAAUGCAAAAUUGGAGCCUGAUGUUGAUGUUGUUGUUGCACCUCCCUUUGUAUACAUCGAUCAGGUGAAAACCUCACUUACAGAUAGGAUUGAAGUAUCUGGCCAGAAUUCUUGGGUGGGAAAAGGUGGUGCUUUCACCGGAGAAAUCAGUGUGGAACAACUGAAAGACCUUGGAUGCAAGUGGGUUAUUCUUGGACAUUCUGAGCGAAGGCAUGUUAUUGGAGAAAAGGAUGAGUUUAUAGGAAAGAAAGCUGCUUAUGCUUUGAGCGAGGGUCUUGGAGUGAUUGCAUGCAUCGGGGAAUUGUUGGAAGAAAGAGAAGCUGGGAAAACUUUUGAUGUCUGUUUCCAACAAUUGAAGGCUUAUGCAGAUGCGGUGCCCAGUUGGGAUAAUAUUGUUAUUGCAUAUGAACCUGUAUGGGCCAUUGGAACUGGCAAAGUGGCCUCUCCCGAGCAAGCUCAAGAAGUGCAUAUAGCUCUUCGUGAUUGGCUUAAAAAUAAUGUCUCAGCUGAAGUUGCAUCUAAAACACGAAUUAUUUAUGGAGGAUCUGUAAAUGGAGGGAACAGUGCCGAGCUUGCAAAGAAAGAAGAUAUUGAUGGAUUUCUUGUUGGUGGUGCUUCAUUAAAGGGUCCUGAGUUUGCCACCAUUGUCAAUUCAGUGACAUCCAAGAAAGUCGCGGCUUGA